AUUAUCCCAUUUAUUUGAAAUACCCAGGACAUGUAAAUCUUUAGAGACAGAAGACAGAUUAGUGGCUGCCCACUCCUGGAGAAGUUAGGUAGUUACUAACGGGUAUGGAGGUCUUGUUUGGGAUGAUGAAAUAGUUCUGGAACUAGAAAGUAGUGGUGGCUGCACAACACUGAAUUUACUGUCACUGAAUUUUACACUUCUUUUGAGACAGGGUCUUGUUAUGUAGUUCACUCUGGCCUUGAAUUCAGCCUAACUGCUGGGAUUACAGGCAUGUAUCACUAUGCCCAGCUUUGAAUACUUUUAAGAUGUUAAAGUAAUAAUUUAUGUGAAUUUUACUUCAAUUUUUAAAAAAAGUGUGGUGUAGUACCUGGCAGAGUGAGUGCUGCACAGGUACUUACUAUUACUUUGGAAUUCAUCCUAGGCACUCCAUAAAUGUUCACUGUCUUAAAGGAAUAUCUUCUGGGAGCCAGGCACCUGAUAUUUAUUAUUCAUUUAAUUCUCACUUCAUUUCUGAGAAGAAAUUGUCUUCAUUUUAUCUGAGAAAAGAGACUCAGGGAGGUCUCUUAACAUCAACACUAACUUCCAGUGGCAAAAUACGUAGCAAACGCUGAAAAAUGUGAGGCCUGGGGAUUCAGGCCAACUCCAAGGUUUGCAGGUCGGAGAUGGGUGGGCAGGGGCGCUCAGACUCCGGGACCAGGUUCUACGCAGCGCAGGAGCCGCGCGAAAGCGGCAGGCGCCCCCUGGAGGUUGUGCACAUCCCUCCUCACAGCGGCGCGUGCAUCCUGGGCUCAGAGCGCUCCGCUACAGCUGGGAUGGCACUGUCCGACAGGGACCAAGCAAUGGUGCGCGCACUGUGGAACAAGAUGGACACCAACGUCUGUAUCUAUGCGACCGAGGCCCUGGAAAGGUGCGGACCCGGCUGGGAGUCCAGCGACUCCACCGCUGAUCUUCCCGCUGCGGGGUUGUGCACACCUGCCCCAGCCAUGCCCACAUCUACCCUUUUCUUCUCCUGCAGGACCUUCCUGGCCUUCCCCUCCACCAAGACCUACUUCCCGCACUGGGACUUGAGCACUGGCUCCGCCCAGGUCAAAGCCCACGGCCAGAAAGUGGCCGACGCGCUGACCCUCGCAGUGAACCAGAUGUACGACCUGCCAAACGCGCUGUCUGCUCUGAGCGACCUGCACGCGCACAAGCUUCGCGUAGACCCCACGAACUUCCAGUUCCUGGUCCACUGUCUGCUGGUGACUCUCGCCCGGCACUACCCUGGAGACUUCAGCCCUGCUAUGCAGGCAUCACUGGACAAGUUUCUGAGCCUCGUGACAUCAGCACUGGCCUCCAAGUACCGCUGAACUGGGUGAGGGUGGUAAUGGAUCCCCCAUCCCCUCCUCCAAGAUCCCAGCAUUUGAGUAAAGUGCCCUAGGGCUGUGUGCUGCUGCAUGUGUCUUCUGUGAUUGGGGUGGGAGGUACUCUGCCCUACAGGGAAGGGAAAGGGUGUGCAUCCUACCCACUUCCUGGCCCUUUAUAAAGUUUCUGUAAGGUUCAGGCCACCUUUAUUCCCUAAAUCUGGGGUAUCAGGUCACAUUCCCAAUCAUGAACCAGGAUACAUCUCACCUUCAGGUCUGAGUAUUUCAAGGUAUAGACGUGUGGUAGCUUUGGCCCCACAGGAUGGUGGCAGGUAGAUGGGUCUCAGGUGGUAGGGCUACCGUGACUGCCAUGGUGCCCAGCUUGGACUCUCCCCAGAACUCCUCCAGCCCCACAGCAUGGCCCCUCACCAACUGGAGUCAAGGCCAAUCUGCAGGAGCUGUAUAUCCUUAGAUGGGGGUGUAUGUAAGACUACUGGGACACAGCCUGCAAAAAUUAAGGAUCACUCCCCCUGCCAGUGUAGGCUCAACCUGUGGGGAGACACUGAUACCAAGAAGGCUUGUGGUGAAAGCCUGGUGCUGCCAGAUUCUGGACCUGGGGGAAGAACGUGGUUCCUGAGGCAGGAUCCAGUCGCUACGUAGCAACAAGGUGGCUGGGGCCCAUCUAACAAGGAUGUAAGUAGGGUUAUCUGCCUAAAAUCAAUCUUGGUCAUUGAAGAAACUUGAGAAAAUACUAAAUUUACUGGCCCUUUUGGUGUAUCCUGGGCCCAAGGAAUGGGGCUAGCACAUUCACUGUUCUUCAACUCCCACUUGACACAUGGUAAACUGUGUCCUGUGUGCACAAGAAACUGAACCCAUAUCCCAGAGCACAUGAUUCAUGCAUACCACACAUGGAUAGAAACAGGCUAGACCCAGACAGGUAACAGUAAUGGAUUUCAGGUCUUUCCAGGCUCAAUGAGAUAGUUUCCUUAAAAGAUGGUAUCUUUGGCUGGGCGUGCUGGCACAUGCCUGUAAUCCCAGCACUCAGAAGGCUCAGACAGAAAGACUGCUGU